UCCGUGGUCCCGCCUGUGGUCCCGCCUGUGGUCCCGCCUGGGCCAGCUUCUAGGUCAGUCCUGGGCACAACUUCCCAGGAGGAGCAGUGACAGGUGCUGCAGGCAAGGGCCGCCAUGGCUGGGGGUGUGUGGGGCCGGGCCCGGGAGGCUCCCGUGGGGGCUCUAACCCUGACAGCACUGACUGAAGGAAUCCGAGCCAGGCAGGGGCAGCCCCAGGGACCCCCUUCCACAGGCCCUCAGCCCAGGUCCUGGGAGCUCAAACCUGAAGCUGAGCCACAGACCCAGGCACUCACUGCCCCCUCUGAGGCUGAGCCUGGACGUGGGGCCACCGUCCCUGAAGCUGGCAGCGAGCCCUGCUCCCCCAACAGUGCCCUGGAACCAGCCCCUGAGGGGCCCCACCAGGUUCCCCAGAAUUCCUGGGAGGAGGCAGUUCUUGCCGACCUCGCAUUGUACACGGCUGCCUGCUUGGAGGAGGCUGGCUUUGCAGGGACGCAGGCGACAGCGCUCACCCUGUCCUCAGCCCUGGAGGCCCGAGGGGAGCGGUUGGAGGACCAGGUGCAUGCUCUGGUGCGUGGACUGCUGGCGCAGGUGCCUAGCCUGGCGGAGGGGAGGCCCCGGAGGGCGGCCCUGCGAGUGCUGAGCGCGCUGGCCCUGGAGCAUGCGCGGGACGUGGUGUGUGCGCUGCUACCCCGCUCUCUGCCCCCCAAUCGGGCAGCAGCCGAGCUCUGGCACAGCCUAAGCCGUAACCAGCGUGUAAAUGGGCAGGUGCUGGUGCAACUGCUGUGGGCGCUGAAGGGUGCUUUGGGGCCUGAACCCCAGGCGCUGGCGGCCACGCGGGCUCUGGGGGAGAUGCUGGCUGUUUCAGGCUGCGUGGGAGCCACGAGGGGCUUCUACCCACAUCUGCUGCUUGCGCUGGUCACACAGCUGCACAAGCUGGCCUGCAGCCCCCGCUCCCCCAACAUGCCCAAGAUUUGGGUUCUGUCCCACCGAGGGCCACCACACAGCCAUGCCAGCUGUGCCGUGGAGGCAUUAAAGGCGCUACUCACCGGGGAUGGAGGCCGCAUGGUGGUCACAUGCAUGGAGCAGGCAGGAGGCUGGAGGAGGCUGGUGGGAGCCCACACCCACCUGGAGGGUGUCCUGCUGCUGGCCAGUGCUAUGGUGGCACAUGCCGACCACCACCUGCGAGGCCUCUUCGCAGACUUGCUUCCGCGGCUGCGCAGCGCGGACGACCUGCAGCGCCUCACGGCUAUGGCCUUCUUCACCGGGCUGCUGCAGAGCAGGCCCACCGCACGGCUCCUGCGGGAGGAGGUCAUCCUGGAGCGACUCCUCACCUGGCAGGGAGACCCCGAGCCCACCGUGCGCUGGUUGGGCCUGCUGGGCCUGGGCCACCUCGCGCUGAAUCGCAGGAAGGUGCGGCACGUGAGCACACUGCUGCCGGCACUCCUGGGCGCACUGGGCGAAGGCGACUCGCGGCUCGUGGGUGCAGCGCUGGGCGCCCUGAGGAGGCUCCUGCUGCGGCCGCGGGCGCCUGUGCGGCUCCUGAGCGUGGAGCUGGGGCCGCGCCUCCCUCCGCUGCUGGAUGACACACGGGACUCAAUCCGCGCCUCGGCGGUCGGGCUCCUUGGGUCUCUGGUGCGCCGGGGCCGGGGCGGGCUCCGGCUGGGGCUCCGUGGCCCCCUGCGGAAGCUGGUGCUGCAGAGUCUCGUGCCGCUCCUGUUGCGCCUGCAUGACCCCAGCAGGGACGCUGCUGAGAGCUCAGAGUGGACCUUGGCCCGCUGCGACCAGGCCUUUUGCUGGGGCCUGCUGGAGGAGAUGGUCACAGUGGCCCACUAUGACAGCCCCGAGGCCCUGAGCCACCUCUGCCGCCGCCUGGUUCAGCGAUACCCAGGCCACGUGCCCAACUUCCUGAGCCAGACCCAGGGCUACCUUCGGAGUCCACAGGACCCCCUGCGCCGGGCAGCCGCCGUGCUCAUAGGCUUCCUUGUCCACCACGCCAGCCCCGGCUACGUCAACCAGGACCUGCUGAGCUCCCUGUUCCAGGACCUAGGGCAGCUGCAGAGCGACCCCGAGCCGGCUGUGGCCGCGGCAGCGCACGUAUCCGCCCAGCAGGUGGCGAUGCUGGCCCGCGCCCGGGGCCGCCCCCGCGGGCCCCGCCUCCUCCGCCUCGCCUCGCGCCCCGCCCGGCCCCCACCCGUCUUCGCCGACAGCCCCUUCCAGCGCCCGAGCCUGGCGGGCCGCUGGGGCUGCUCCGGACCCGGCCGAGUUUGAGGCUGGGGGCUGGGACCCGCGGGCCAGGGUCCGACUCGAGGACCCCACGGGCACAGCAGCCCGUCCCCACCCCAACGGAGGGGCUCCCUGGGCCUGGUGCUGGAUGCCAGUGCCCGCACCCACCCCCCACCACCGCGCCCCCUUUUCAGGCACCCACCACCCUGAUGGCGACCCAGAGGGACAGCCGGCACCCAUCUGUCCCCGUCAGGGCUCUUGUUCUCACAGCCCCCUGGAGCGUGCCCCGUGCCCCACCUUGGGCCUGGCUCCUGGCCCAGAUGGCACCUGGCCUCUUGAGUCUGGUGGGGGACCCCAAAGCUGGUGGUCCCAUAGGCUGCCCUCCUGGGUCUCCACCUCAUACCUGGACAGGAUGAUGUGGCCUGUCCGGGCCUUAGCCGGCCCUGCCCCUGCACCCCCGAUCCUCCCUGCAACCCAUUCCUUGCCAGCAUCCUGAGGCUCCUGGCGGGCAUCCUCUCUGCUCAAGAGUGUUGACCUGUCUCCUGGCCGCACCUGCUGUGCCCCCUCAGCCAAGCCAUCAUCACCCCCCCUUCAUCAUGUCAGGCCUCAUAGGAGCCAGACCUUCUCCAGAAGCUGCCCCGACCUCCCCCCAAGCUGGACCACGUAGGCCCUGGAUCACACCUGGGGGUUCAGAUGUGGGGGUCCUGUGUGCACGCCCAAUCAGACUGAGCACUCAUGACACUACCCCAGCACCUCUCCCAGGGUUAAAUGAGGAACGCGCCACUGGACACAUGAGGAAGAGGCUGUUCUGGGAGCCGGCAGUGCUGUGCCCUCACCUCUCUGACUUUGUACGGCAGGUUCCUGCACCUAUAGGAUGCCUGCCUGGAAAUGUCCUCACGUUCAAGGCCUCCUUUGCAGCCUCCCCCUCAGUGAAGCCUCCACACGUGCACGGGGCGUGUGCGCAGCCUUGUGAAGGGCUGGGACCAUUUCCCCAGACUGGGGCCUCAGGAGCAGGCAUGGGGUCCUACUGACCUGUCUCCCCAGCUCCCGUACAGAAAACAUCUAAAAUAAACACACAUGGAUGGAAA